GCGCAGUGCUUCCGUUGCUUCUCCCGACCCACGCGUGCAAGCGCGCUGGUUGUGAGAGGCUCGAAGCGGUGCUGGCGCCUCUCCAAGAACGCGCAACGGAGAGAGAGAGAGAGAGAGAGAGAGUAAGAUAGAGAGAGAGAGAGAGAGAGAUGACCACCCCGCGGACGCGCGGGCCGCCGACGAGAGGUCGGCAUCGCCCCCGCAGGACUUGGCUGCGCGCCAGCGGCAGGGCCUCGACCCUGUCCGCUGCCGCGCCGACGAUGGCGAGUCAGUCAGUUUCGCGUUUUGUCACCGUCGUUCACGGCGAACGCUUCGUUGAAAUCUGCAGCAUGCAGGUCAAUCACCGACCGAUCGAAUUCGAGAGGACUGCUCAUCAGGGCCGCCCGAGGGGGAGGAGGAGGGAGGAGGAGGAGGAGGAGGAGGAGGAGGAGGAGGAGGGAGGAGGAGGCGGAGGCCAUGCACAGAAGGCGGCCUGCUGACCUGGCCACUCUGCGCGCGUGCACGCGGACGCGCAGGUGGCGCACCGCGGGGGCCACCCGUGGGAGAGAGACCCUGUAAGCGGCGGUGCUCUCCCCUCGGGCGCCCAGCACCCUGCAGGCCGCGGGCCGCGGGCCGCGGGCCGCGGGGCGCGGGCCGCGCUGUAAACGGCGGCCCGACCGGGCAGAUCGCAUGUGGAUCUUGCACGGAGCCCAGGCGCGACUAGAGGCAGAAGCAAAUCGGCAGGAAUAGGCGGCGCGACGACCCUUCCUCCACCGUGCAGCUGACGGGAGAACGCACGGUGCCUCCUCUGAAGCUUGGGGCAACCGUGCGGUGCCCGACGCUGGAGGGGGCUGCCAGGUCGGCCGCGGAGCCCGGCGGCUCGCUGGAGACCCUCGGCGCCGCCCCCGCGGGCUCUCUCGCCGCAAGGGCGCGCCGGGAGCCACCGCGCGCCGACGGCCCCCCCCCCCCGCAGCCGUGCCCCCGGCCCGAGGCUCCCGGGGGAGUGCCCGGCCCCCAGGGGUGCAGAGUGCUGCGCACGGCCCCGGCCGCUGCCCGUGGCCAGGCACGAGCUGGGCUGGCCGAAGGCUGCCACCUGGGUUUCGCGUACCCCUUUGCGCAGGGGGCAUCACAUCCACCCCGACAGUAACCACUCCGACGCGCGAAG